AAAGCAUUCUAAGCCGCUUAUGUUGGUCAGAUUGCUCGGAACUACAGCCUGCGACGGGCGACGGUUCAGUGAAAAAGUGCAAUUAGUCGCGUGAAAAUGGUGGAUAAACUUGUGAACAGCGAAGCGAAUUCACGGCGGAUAGCAAUUGUGGAAAACUGCUUCGGCAGCUCCGGGCAGCCCCUUGCUAUACCCGGUCGCGUGCUGGUGGGUGAAGGUGUUCUUACCAAAAUGUGCCGAAAACGACCGAAGAGUCGACAAUUUUUCCUCUUUAAUGAUAUUUUAGUGUAUGGCAAUAUUGUUAUUGGUAAGAAAAAGUACAACAAACAACACAUAAUACCCCUGGAAGAGGUCCAAUUACAAAGUCUAGAAGAUAACGGACAAUACAGAAAUGGCUGGCUUAUACGUACGACGACCAAAUCAUUUGCAGUUUACGCAGCAACAAGUACUGAGAAACAGGAAUGGAUGGCUCAUAUCAACAAGUGCAUUGAAGAUCUAUUACGGAAAAGUGGGAAAAAACCAGUUGAAAAUCAUGCAGCUGUUUGGGUACCCGACAAUGAAGCACCAGUUUGUAUGCAUUGCAAGAAAACACCGUUUACUAUGAUAAUGAGAAGGCAUCAUUGUCGAAAUUGUGGAUCAGUCGUUUGUGGACCAUGCUCAUCUAAGAAAUUUUUAUUACCCCAACAAAGUUCGAAACCAGUUCGAGUAUGUUUAGGUUGUUACGAUGCACUUAGCCACGCUAAAACGGAACAGGCAAAAUCUGUGGUUGCGAUACCGAAAUCAAAUAACAACACUGCCGACAGUUCAGGUGACGAUGAUUCAGACGACGAAGAGGACCAGAAGGAAACACAUGAUGAAAGUUUUAUGAGUCAUUGCAAUGGUAGAAGUUGUUUAUGAUAGGACAAAAAUCUCUUAUUAUAUAAUAAAUCCAAUAACCUAAAUUUUAUGGCGAUGGGGUUGGAGAUAAACCGGAUAAAGCAGACAAAGUGGAAGACAAGGAAAAGUGAUAUCAACGUACUGUUGCGGGAUAACAAAGUUCGUAGAAAGAAAAGACGAAAAAUCUGAAAAGUAAUUCAACAUGAAAGAUUUACUGUUACAAAAUCAUUGUGUAUGCACAGACGCGAGCAGUCUUAUUAUCAGAGAAACAAUAAAACAUCAUUUCGGCAAAUCCACGUGAAAAAUGUGACGGAAAGAUGAAUUAAGUAUUGUGCACUCUUUUUCGAAAUGUUAGCUUUUAAAACAAAUACAAAUCAAAUACAAGAUUCACUUUACUUUGUCAAAGCAAAUCUACACUCAUUCAUAUAUCCCCGAAGUUGUCAGAGUUGAGUAAUAUAAUUUUUAUCAUCAUUACGAUAUCUGUAUAUUAUGGGUUUAAUUUAUACGAAGUCAUUAGAAACGCGCGUUAAAUGAAUAUUCCUUAUUUUAUAUCCCAGAAAAUAAAUCUUUAAGUAUACAACUCUUUAUUAUUUACUGUUUCAUUUUCGUUACCCACUAAUACACAUAACAUAAAAACACAUCCACAUACUCCUUAUAUAGUGUAAUCAAAUGGAUACAACUUUAUAUCACUUUUAAGAGGAAAUAUCAAACGUGUAGUAACUCAGAUCAGUCUUAAUCAAAUUUUUCUCGAAACAUAAACUUAUGCAAUGGAACAAUGAAGGUUUCUUAAUAUCAUACAAAUAUCACUUACAGCAAAUAUUAUCAAAAGAAAUUUAUUAGCUGAUAUCGCCAAAUCUCACUUUUCUACAAAAAAAAAACAAAAAGUAUAAAGGGUUGCUCCUAA